GAUAUUUUUAUCGGAGCGUGGAGAAAUCAUUGAUUACUUUGACCAAACAAUAGUGACCGUGUACUUUCCAUUAAUGAAAUCAGUUAAUGAUAUCAGAGCGUAAAAGGUUGUUUAAUUCAAAUACGCCAACAGUGUCAUUUUGGUAAAGAAAAGUGUACAAAGUGCAAUAAAGUGAAUCUUAUAAAUGACUAAAAAUGAUAUUUUGCGUAAAGAGGAAAAUGGAGAAGGAAAGAAAAAUGAAUUGGAUGAUCGGAAUGACAGCUCUGGAAUAUUACAAAGCAAUUGUGAGAAAAAGACAGAAAAGGAAACAAGAAAAAUUAAGACGAAAAAUCUGAAAAGGUGCUCUUCAACUGUUCAGCCUCUUCCUUUAGAGGAAAAUAACGAAAGUUUUACCGUAGAAAAUAGAAAAAAGGAAGAAAGAAAAUCGCCUUUGAAAUAUUGUGUUUUUAUUACAAACCAUCCGUUUUUAACCUUUGCUAUAACACUUGUUUUGCAUACUUCUAUCAUUCUGGUAACAAUACUUCUGAUGAUUCAAGGACAUACAGUCUUUCCAAUUGAGUUCGAAGAGCUUCCUUUAAUACUAUAUACAGAUGUAGACCGAGUGAAGGACCUUGCUUGGAGGGAUUCUAUGAAAUACCCGUUUAGAGUGUAUCGCCGUAUCGUUGGUGUGACAAUACCCACGUGGUAUAAUGGUGAAAUCGGUGAUACGUUAGAAAUUAUAGUUGAAGGGAACGAUGUCUUCUCUACAACAAAUUUGGAAUUAUUGUAUCAAACAGAAAAUAGACUGUUUAAUUUCCAAGACUUCCAAUCAGAUUUCUGUCUAAUAAACGCACAAGGUACCUGCGAAAAACCUAUAUCAGUUCUCCGUCUUUUUGACGGAACAUAUAAAGAUGUUGAUCCAGUAUUCGACUCGUCAUCGUUUGUUAAUGCGUCCAGUGUGAUAUGCAAAGCAACACAAACUAAUGAAACAAAAGAGUUCAUUCAGUUAGUUUUACAAAAGGAUUACGACCCUUGUGACUUAGGGAAAACAUCAUCUAAAACGAGAUUCUUUAUGUUUUUUGGGUGGCCAUUAGUAGGUUAUAAUGAUGGCGAAAGACUUUCUGAAUAUCAGGUUCAAAAACUUAGGCCCGAAAUAGAAAAUAUUCGAGAUAACACAUUGGACGGGCAUAUGUCUCUGUAUUAUAUGAGUAUAAAAUUGUUUGAAUAUGACGUAAAAAAACAAGCGUUUACUGAUAUGAAAUUAGCCAUUGGAAGUUUUAGUUUCAUAUUUGUAUUUAUGUUGUUCCAAACAGGAUCCUUUUGGAUAACAUCUUUUGGAAUUCUAAGUAUUAUAACAAGCUUUUUACUGACAAAUCUAAUUUACCGAUUCGCCUUUAAAUACGAGUAUUUUGGAUUUUUCCAUAUCAUUUCUAUUUUUAUUAUUCUUGGAAUCGGUGCUGAUGACGUUUUUAUAUUUUAUGACACUUGGAGAUUAUCGGGAAACACGGAAUACCCUUCGAAAGCCCAUCGUCUUUCAGAUUGCUACAGGAAAGCAGCAAAAACGACUUUUGUUACAUCGCUGACAACUAUGGCAGCGUUUCUAGUCAGCGCUCCGUCACCUUUACUUCCGGUGUCGUCAUUCGGAUUAUUCUCUGGAAUGCUUGUAGGUGUUAACUACCUGUUUGAUCUUAUUUGCUUCCCAGUUGUAAUACUAGUCUAUUCCGAAGCAAUUAAACCAAUGUUUGAUAAAUGUAUUUCAUACUGCCCAUGCUGUCGCUCAGAAGAACUUAAAUCCGAAAGAACUAUUAGUCAGGAGUCUUUAAUCAUUUCCCACCGCAGAAGCAGAUUGUAUUCUAAAAAUAUAGGCAUGUUUAAUCCAGAUCUUCCGAAGUUUAAUAAAAUGUUUAAACGGAAAAUUGACAUAAAUGAAGAAGAAGAAUCAACAAGCCAGACAGAUGAAUCAAAAGAAAAGAAGAAUUUCGAAGAUCGGAAUAAAGUGGUGUUAUUUCUUAAAAAUGGAUUCUAUGACUUUAUGACAAGGCGUUCCGUUAAAAUUAUUGUACCACUGGUCUUUUUUGGAACCUCUAUCUUUUUUAUAUACAAUGCAACUACAUUAGAACCAGAUAGCAACCAGGUAGAAAUUUACAGAAGUUCUCAUAACUAUGGAAAAGCGUACAAAAACCAUUAUUAUGGAUUCCAAAGAAAUUUUGAAGAAGAAGAUACCCGUAUUCGCUUGUCAUGGGGAGUGAAACCUCAAAACAUGGAUAGUUGUAAUUUAAAAUCAAGAGACUAUUGUGUUGGUGUAACUGAAUGGGAUGAAAGCUUUGAUGCCUCAUCAGAGGAAGCGCAACUUGCUCUCAUGAAUGUAUGUACCAGAUUAGAAAAUUUAACCGAUGCAGAGAUAGCUGCAUACAAGAUCAAGAGGAACCCUGUCACCAACGAACCGGAAAUAGCUUGUUUUAUGUCAGCAUUAUAUAAAUAUUAUCAGAACUUAGCUAAUACUGUGACAUCAUUUAACCUAACUGUGCCAUUUCCGUUUACAAAGAGUUAUGUUGAACUGUUCAUGCAGUACAACAGCCAUAUAUACGACGUGUCCAGUCAACCGGCUGACUUCGACAGACAUCUAGAGAUUUUGAUAUCCUACUGGUUGACCAAUGGCUACACAGCAAUACCAACGAAUGACUUUUGGUUGUAUAAUCCUUUAAUUGGAGAAAAGAAAGUAUCUGGCGUGACCAGAGUGUACAACAAUCAUCCAGCAUAUGGUAUGGUGUAUGGUACAACACUUAAGGUAAUAGGAAUAGAAAUAAAUACAACUAUGAGCUAUUUUACGCUUGGAUAUCCAGAGGGCAAACCAGUGCACCAAUUGUGGGAAAACUUAAUCAAUGAAGAGGUUGAAAAGAUGCCAGAUUCCUUGAAGAGUGGGUUUCAGUCCACCUACAACACGUGGCAUUGGAUAAAAGUGCAAGAGACAUUAGUCAAGUCAGCUAUACUCGGAUUGGUUGUCGGGAUAACAGUGGCAUUUCCAAUUUUAGCAUUGACUACAUUAAAUGUGGUAAUUGGCUUCCUGGCUACAGUUUGCAUUGGUCUUGUUACAACAAUUGUAGUCGGUAUUAUCCCACUGGCAGGCUGGAAAUUAGGGAUUUUAGAGUCGUUAAACCUUGCAUUGGUUGUCGGACUAUCUGUUGACUAUGUUGUUCAUCUCGCAGAAGCUUAUCGGACGUCACCGCAUUCGACACGUGACGGUCGUGUCAAGAGCAUGUUAGAGAGCAUGGGUCUUUCUGUACUCUCUGGAGCUAUUACAACGUUUGGUGCUGCCAUUUUUCUAUUGUUUGCUCAAAUUAAGUUCUUAUAUGAAUUCGGAAUAUUUGUUAUGAGUACUGUUGGGAUUUCAUUGCUAUUUGCUUUCUUGUUUUUUACAACGUUUAUGGCAUUAUGUGGACCGGAAGGCGAUACAGGUUCCAUUCCGGCAUUGUUCAAGCAAGUAAAGGCUAAAUGUACCAAAAAGAAAGAAAAUCAAGAAAAGGACAAAAGUACACCGGAUAACGUCAACAAAAUUAACAGGAAUGACAAAAGAAAUUCUUUGACGACGUAUUCCAACCAGAGAUCAAAUGAUGCUAAUUGUAAAGUACGAUCAGACAGACUGCAAUCGUUUGUAGAGGCUUUAUCUAGAGAUCCACCUGCAAGGCAAGACAUUGAAAUAAUACCAACUGACCUGAAGAAAUUUCAACAUAAAAACAAUGGACGUAGAAAGACUUUGGCUCCUAUCAUGAAAAAUAAAUUCUUCGCGGAAUCAUCUUCAGAACACAACAGUUCAGAUGUAGUGGUUUCAGCUCAUUCAUCUGACAAUUCUAAUAGACAGAUGCAUCUGUCAGAGUAUUCUCCUUCAAUUUUAGAAUCCGAUUCUUCUUCAGUAACAUCUGACGUUUUUGAUUUUCCUAAUACGGAAGAAAUGUCAAACAAUAGGUGCACCAAUGUGUUGUCGAGUGUUCCUAGUCAGAAAAACGUUUUUCAUGAAGCCAAAGGAAAUGUGGCUUUGUCGAAAUGUCUCAGUCAAAGAGACGUUUUCUUGUCAAAGGGAACAGGAGACUUUGAUGAUUCAGAAUCUGUUCCUCCUCCUUCUUAUCUAUUAAUAUCAAACAAGACUUCUAAGAAUGCAACUUUAUCGAGAGGUCAAAGUGAAAAAGAUAUAUCUGAUGCAAUUGCUGAAAUAGACAAAGAACUUGAAAUGGCGUAAUUUGAAUAAAGUAAAACUAAUAUGAAGUAUACAACUAGUUAAUAAAAUUAAGAAUGGAAAUGAGGAAUGUGUCAAAGAGACAACAAUCCAACCAAAGAGCAGAAAACAGCCGAAGGCCACCAAUGGGUCUUUAACACAGCUAGAAAAUCUCGCACCCGGAGGCGGGUUUCAGCUGGCCCCUUAACAAAAAUGUUAAGCACACAACUAUAAGUCUAUAUUAAAACGCUAGUCUACCAA